GGCGGCUGCGGGGGUGUUUUACAGCAGUGGGUGGGCUUUUUGCGGCAGGGGGGGGUUUGUUUUGGGUUCUCAGCUGUUCAAUGGGCGGAGCCUGUGGCAUUCGGGAACUGCAAUAAGAUCGCGCGGAUUGCGGCGGAGGUGCAGUCAGCAGACAUCUGGGAGACUUCUGAACCUCAGCCCAGGCUAGCAGGACCGAACAGGCACAGGAAGUGAGCGGGAGACGCACAGGAAGUGAGCGGGAGACGCACAGGAAGUGAGCGGGAGACGCACAGGAAGUGAGCGGGAGACGCACAGGAAGUGGCCCAUGCCCUCCUCUAGGGGGCAGCACCCCGGCCUUCCCGGCUGAUGAUGGUGUUGGUGCAUCGGCGCUGGACCCCGACUCACGAGGCGUACCCCAAACCGGAGGCGUACCCCAACCCGGCCCCCCAUGCUCGUCCGGCCAAACCAUGAAGAGGCCCAAACAGCACCCCCACCUCAGCCUGCUCAGCUUCUUCACCCGGAAGCCCAAAUCUGAGCCCAAACCGGACCGCCCCGGCACCCCCAAACCGCCCGACGAGGUCACCAUCACCCUCACGCCCACCGACCAUGGAGCGCAGAACCAGAGCAUUCUGGGAGGAGGAGGAGGAGGAGGAGGAGGAGGAGGGGAGGAGGAAGGGGCCGAGCCGGGCCCGGGGGCGGGGGCGGGGGCGGGGCUGGAGUGCCCGCUGUGCCUGCUCAGGCAGCCGAGUGGCAGCUUCCCUCGGCUGUCCUCCUGUGCGCACCGCGCCUGUGCCGACUGUCUCCGGCAGUACCUGCGCAUCCAGAUCUCAGAGAGCCGCGCCGGCAUCGCCUGCCCGCAGUGCCCCGAGGCCCUGGCCCCGCCCGACAUCCACGCCCUGCUGCACGACCACGCCCCGGAGGACCACGCCCUGGAGGACCUCGCCCUGCUGCAGCGCUUCCACACCUGCCAGCUACGCCGAGCCCUCGCCGCUGACCCCGAUACACGCUGGUGCCCCGCGCCAGACUGCAGCUACGCAGUGAUAGCCUACGGCUGUGCGGAGUGCCCUAAGCUCUGUUGUGAGCGGGAGGGAUGUGGCACAGAGUUCUGCUAUCACUGCCGGCAGCUGUGGCACCCGGACCAGACCUGCGACCAGGCCCGGCGCCAGCGGUCCCGCCACGCCUCCUCCAAUCACGACGCGUCCUCCCUCUUCAUCUUCAACGAGGAGCCCAGCAGCGAGAUGGAGGAAAUUAAGGCGUGUCCUCGAUGCAGUGCCUACAUCAUGAAGACGAACGACGGGAGCUGCAACCGCAUGAACUGCAGCGUCUGUGGCUGCCAGUUCUGCUGGCUCUGCAUGCAGGAGAUCACCGAUGUACACUACCUCAGUCCGUCCGGCUGCACGUUCUGGGGGAAGAGGCCGUGGUCUCGGUCCCGUAAGGUGCUGUGGCAGGUGGGGAUGCUGCUGGGGGCUCCGGUGGUCAUCUCCCUCAUCGCCGGCAUCGCCAUCCCCGUCAUCAUCGUGGGGAUCCCCAUCUACAUGGGCCGCAAGGUACACAGCCGAUGCAAGAAGAACAACAUCUCGGGCAGCAAGCACUACCUGACCGUGGCCAGCGGGGUGAUGAUGUCAGUGUUCGUGUCGCCCGUGAUCGCAGCCGUCACCGUGGGAGUGGGCGUGCCCCUCAUGAUGACCUACGUGUACGGAGUGGUCCCCAUGUCACUCUGCAGGAACGGCUGGUGCAAAACGCCGAAGGACCAGCCAGAACCCCGCAGGAUCCGGCUGGAAGACCUGGCCAACUAUCUCCAAUUCUCUCACGUAGUCAGCGACCACUGGAUGGGCCAGAGCAGCCUGGUGGUCAGUGAAACCAACGUGCAAGAAGCUAGCGCCCAGGAAGUUAGGGCCCAGGAAGCUAGCGCCCAGGAAGUUAGCGCCCAGGAAGCUAGCGUACAGGAAGUUGGCGAACAGGAAGUCAGUGUGCGACCCAGUACCAGUGCCAGCCCCCCCGACCCCCCCAGCUACGCCAGCAUCUUCCUGCAGGACGGUGCCAGCAUCAAAGUGCAGGUGGAGAUUGAGACACACCCUCACCAGGUGGAGCUGGACACACACCUGCCCCAGGUGGAGACGGAGACGCGCCCACAAGAGGCGUGGCACUGCAGCCUGAACAGCGUCCUGUCCACCCGCAGCCAAUCAGACGAGCAGCUCUGCACACCCGACCCGCCCCCUGGCCCUCAGCCACACCCCGUUUGAGCCACGCCCCCGUCGAGGCCACGCCCCCCGCCUCUGUCACGCCCCCUUCCCGCCAGACUCCGCCCCCGAGAGGGCGAGAGACGCAGGGAGGGAGAGAGAGCUGGAGAAGGAGUCGAGGAGGAGAGGAAGAAGAGAGGGAUGGGGUUAGAGGGAGAGAGAGAGAGGGAGGGAGGGAGAGAGAGCUGGAAAAGGAGUCGAGGAGGAGAGGAAGAAGAGAUGGAUGGGGUUAGAGGGAGAGAGAGAGAGGGAGAGAGGGAGGGAGGCGAGCAUGUUUACCUGUGUGUGCACGUGGGACAGAAGUGCAUUAUGGGCCUGUUACCCGUGUGAACUGGCUGACUGCUGGCAGACUUGAAUGUUUGAAACCUUAUGUUUUAUUAAAACCGUUUGUUGGGAAUUGUUUA